AAUUAUGAUAAACAAUUUGCGCUAACCAAAUAAUAAUGUAUAAUUAUUGAAAUAGGGUAAGUAAAUACAACACGAACACAACUAUUUGAAGCGAAUAAAAGGUUAAAUGUUCAAAAGCUUUUAACAUUUCUUUAUAGUAUUGAAUUUAUCUUCCGUAUUUAUUAAUGUAGUUUUUAAUUAAUAAUACACAACAAAAAUCUGAUUUAUUUUAUUCAAAUUCAUUUAGAAUGAUAUAAAAGCUACAGCACUAACGCCGGUAGAAAGUUUUAAAAAAUGUAAUUAAACACGUGGAGAGUUUAAGGAGAAGUUUCAAACCACCAAAGAUGUUGCUAAGACUGUAUUCUCUCGUUAUUUUAAUAUUAGAUCUUGUGACACUUUUAUUUGGAAUAUUUUUUGCUAUCUUAAUUGCAUUAUAUAGAAUAUUUAGACCUCCUCCUUUAAAAAAUCUCUAUGGGGAAGUCGCAAUGGUUGUCGGAGCUGGUCGAGGCAUAGGUAGGGAAUUAGCAAUUCAUUUGUGUCAACUUGGUGUUAAUGUUGCAUGUGUCGACAUUAACAGUGAAAAUUGUGAUACUACUGUACACUUAGCAUCUAAAUCAGUAGGAGUUGCUAAAAUGUAUAUUUGUAAUAUAACAGAUAAGGAUGAAGUAGCUCGUAUAGUGAAUAUUAUUAAAUCAGAGUUAGGUGAAGUUACAAUGCUUUUCCAUUGCUGCAGUAUACCAAGUCCUAGAGCAUUACUUCAAGAUCCACCUGAAAUAAGGCAUACAAUUGAUUUGACGAUUCUAAGUCAUUUUUGGUUAUUGGAUACAGUUUUACCAUGCAUGGAACGGGCUGGAAAAGGGCACAUAGUGGUUCUAUCAUCUGUGGCUGGCCUUUCUGGUACUGCCACAGGAGGAAACAGAGUUUCUUUGUCCACUGCACAAUUUGCAGUUCAAGGAUUAGCUGAAUCAUUACAUACUGAAUUAAGACAUUUGAAUAGUAACAUAAUAAUUACUUUAGUUCACGUUUAUCCAUUUAUUGUAGGCGCAGAAAUAGCAAAAGAUAUUCGUUUUAGAAUACCAAGUUACUUUGGUACAAUGCCCGCCACAGACGCAGCUGAACAAAUUUUAGAUGGAGUUCGCAGAAAUUAUGCAGAAUUCAGCGUGCCUGGAUAUUUACUUUACUUAGGUCAUAUUCUUAGAAUACUUCCAAAGAAGGCAUCAUUUAUGUUGCGUGACUUGCUAGACACUGGUGUUGAUUUUGGAUGAUAUUUAAUUUUUCUAAUCAAAUGUGAGAAUUUAUUUUUAUUAUGUUAAUAAGAUUUUAUAAUGAUAACAAAAGAACUUUAAUGUACUGAAAAACGAAUAUUUUAUUUAAUUUCGUAUAUGUAUAAUUUGAUCUUUGAAGUAUUUUUUUUGUAAUUCAUUUUAUUAUUGUGGUAUAAAAUUUCAUAUAUAUUUUUACUUAUAUACGUUUUUAUACAUUCUAACAUUUAUUUAAAACGAAAUACUCUAGUUUAUUAAUAAAUAAUCACAUGGGCUGCGCAUAAAAUAUUUUAUGACACAACUGAAAUAUCAAUUAGCAGUUAAGAUAGAUUUUAUACUUACGUUUCAUGUAUGAUACAUACACACGUGACAUAAGUAUUAAAUAUUUAAUAAACUGAAUAAGUACUA